AAUUUAAAUGGACGAGAAUUUUAGAGAAUCCCAAACGUUUUGGCACCAACAAGCAGCCAUUGCAGCUGAAAGAAAUCGAGAAUUGCGUUUUCAACAUGGAACUGGCCCGUGUAAUGUUUUUAUAUUGGACACGUCAUCCAGUCUUGGGGAAGAAGGUUUCACACAGAUGAAGGAAGCGUUCACUUCAAUAAUUGAUGAAUAUGCCAAACACCCAGAUAUUGAUGAGAAUGUAGCAGUUAUAGUAUGUGGACGAGAAACAAAGUUUCAGUGUCAUUUUUCAAAUCACUAUGAAGAUGUCAAACAUUGUUUAGAUGACAUUGAAUUUGGUGGACCAUCCCCACUUUUUGCUGCAUUUAUAUUAUCAACUGGAUGUUUCGUCAAUGGCGCAAGUCACUCUUAUACUAUGGGCGAUUUUCACAUUCACCCAAGAAUUGUACUAAUUUCGGAUGGCAGACCUACAGAUAUUACAGCUUUUUUGACUGAGGACUGUCCCUCAGUGGAAUCUGAUAAUAAUAAGGAUCAUCUGCUUCAGUUUACUAGAAAAAUUGGAAAAGUUCAUCCAAUAUUUUGUAUUCCGACUGGGAGGCACCCAGAUACCACGAUACUAGAGUUCAUCUGUAACCAAUCACGUGGGGGAAAGGUUGUAAAUCCCCACGAAGCCAGGCAGUUCGCUAAAUAUUCCAAGAAUAUGAAAAUAGCUGCUAGUCUGUCGUAUGAACUGAUUAACGACGGGAACGACAGAGAACGUGUUUUGACGUCAUUGGUGUGUAAAUUUCCAGACGGGGAAUUUCCGGAAAUGGACCAGAAUGACAUUUACGAAAUAUGCUCAAGAAAGUCCUUAUAUGUAUCAUUGGAUCGUAUAAAAGACGAUAUUGAAGAGAGAUUGGAUACGUUCGAAGAAAGAGAUCCCCGGAUGCCUCCUCUGGGAACAAGAGUGAAGCGAGGACGAGACUGGAAAUGGAAAUUUCAGGACAGUUUCGGACCUGGUACUGUAAUAGGGCAUUCUAAAGAUGUGGGCUGGUUGACCGUGGAAUGGGAUGAUGGCUCACGUAAUGGUUACCGAUAUGGAACAACAGAUUCUGAGAAGGAGAAGUAUGAUGUUCAAGUUUGCAAUGAACCACGUAUUUUGAGAAACGAAUCGAUAUCCUCAGGCUGUCAGGUCAAACGGGGUCCAGACUGGGAGUGGGAUGACCAAGAUGGCGGUGCCGGAAACAUUGGAUCUGUUGUGGCAGUAGUAGGCCAUGGAGUAGUCCUUGUGCGAUGGCAGAACGGUAUCCUGGGUCAUUAUAGAUUUGGAUUCAGUGGAAAAAAUGAGAUCCAGAUUUGCGACCCUUUCUCACCUGAGGCAGUCAGACAUCGAGAAGAAAUAAUGACGACGGCCGCGCAGAAUUAUUCAUUUGAAAGUCAUGCCAGCUCAAAGAAGGGUUAUGAAAAGGCAAAGGGCUCAUUAGAUAUAUCUGGGCAUAAAGCUCCCUCUGAUAUGACAAAGCCAAUCUUACAUGUAGUAAAAGGAAAGUACUUCAGAAACACCUCAGUAUCAUCAGACAUUGAAACAGAUGGUCCGAGUUUUACAUGUGCAAUAGGACAGUGGUUCUGGAAAGAUGACACAGGGAAAUGGAAUCCAUAUUGUACAGAAAUGAACGCAAAGAUCAACAAAUGUUAUAAACGUGAUCCCAAGUCAACCGUAGUCGUCAAUGUCGAAAAUCAGACUUAUAGAGUUGUGAUGGCAAAAAACAUUCAAAUUAACCUGGCGUCCAGAGAGGUGUCUGAGGUAAAAUUAGUGAAAAAUGAACUUAAUUUGUAAACACUUAUGUGAAUUUUGAAUUGUAGAUAACAUGAAAAAAUACAUAGUUUAACUUGUCAGUAAAUAAUGAACUUAAAAAAGUUGUUGCAUUUAAACAUUUUGAAACGUUAUGAAUAAAUGUUGAAAUAAGAAUUUUUGUUAUGUUUUCUAAUUGAUAUUGCUAGUG